AUGAAGAUCCUCGAGUCUCAGAACGCGGUAUUGACCAACUUCGAGGUCUACCAACACCUCGUCGACCAGCAGAAGAGAUACAACAAGCACUCAGGCGACAGCGUCAAACGUCGUAUGCCAUCCAACAUGAAAACCGUUGUCAAGGAACUGCUGGUCUACCUAGAGAGCUUUCCCAGCCCCCUUAGCCAGGAUCCCAUUUCAUAUGAGGCGUCCUCCAUCACGCGUCUGGUGGAGCAGCUCCAGCCCUACGACAUCACCAAGGGCGAGAUGAUCAUGAUUCUCAACUUGCGGCCCAUCAAUGCCGCUGUCCUGUGUACCUGCGUCGAAGACAUGGCAGAGCGGUUCACCGACGAUCAGCAAAUCGAGAUGCUCAACAUCAUCGCUGAAGUUCUUGGCCAGUUUCCUCCUCGAGAGGACCAAGGCGGUGAUGCGGCUGGUGCCGACAAGGAGACGGUGCAGUCCAUAGAAGGAUGA